GAAGUUUUGCCUGUCGCCUGGUCCUUGGGACAGCCUGUCACACAUCAUCCCUUAUAGCCUCACCAACUGGGAAACUAACUCACCUGCAAUCCCUCCAACCAAAUAACCCCCCUGAAGGUUUUUUUUUGUUUCUUCUUCUUCUUCUUCUUCUGACUACUUGCCAUCUGACAUGGAGACCCAGCAAAGACACGGACACCAAUCACUGUGCCACACCUGCCGGAGAGCGCAGAGCAGCAGCAGCAGCAUGAAGGUCAGGAAGAUGUCCUCCUCCUCGUCCAGCCCGGCGCUGCUCUUCGCGCUGGCCCUGACGCUCUACGUGGUGGAGAUGGCCUCGGCGGAGACGCUGUGCGGAGGAGAGCUGGUGGACGCGCUGCAGUUCGUCUGUGAAGACAGAGGCUUCUAUUUCAGUAGGCCAACCAGCAGGGGUAGCAACCGGCGCCCCCAGAACCGUGGGAUCGUAGAGGAAUGUUGUUUCCGUAGCUGUGCCCUCAACCUGCUGGAGCAGUACUGUGCCAAACCCGCCAAGUCUGAAAGGGACGUGUCGGCCACCUCUCUACAGGUCAUUCCCGCGAUGCCCGCACUAAAACAGGAAGUCCCGAGGAAGCAGCAUGUGACCGUGAAGUAUUCCAAAUACGAGGUGUGGCAGAGGAACGCGGCCCAGCGGCUCCGGAGGGGUGUCCCCGCCAUCCUGAGGGCCAAAAAGUUUCGGAGGCAGGCGGAGAAGAUCAUAGCACGGGAGCAGGCAAUCUUCCACAGGCCCCUGAUCAGCCUGCCCAGCAAACUGCCUCCCGUCUUGCUCGCCACGGACAACUAUGUCAACCACAAUUGAGCCCGCUGCCAGCCCUUUGCACAGACAAGAGUUUGGAGGGAGAGAAAAAAAAAAGACUAGGGGAUUAUAGCUUUGUCUCUGACGUCAUUUCUGUGGCAGUCCUCUCUGACCUCCCCUGCCCUGUCCGAGCCCACCAAUCCCUCCCCCUGCUCCCAUCCACUACUUCUUGACCCUCUGGCCCUUUUCUAUUGCCCCCGUCAAACCCAACCACCCACCCUCCUUCGGCACACAAACAUGCCUCCACAUUCUUCCCGUCUGAAGUCUUUCGCUCCCUCUCUUUCAGUCACUGACACAAAAGGCACAAACACAAAUGAUGAACAAAAAGUUAACAAUUCGGCUGAAUGCAAUUCAGGUGGAUCCUUAAGCAAAAGAGAAAAGGGAAGGGAGAAAAGGAGAUGAAAGAGAUCUGUGCUUUGCAAGUGUCAAGAGGACACCCAGCGGAAUGUUUUUUUGUCCUCGUGGAAGACAACUGAAAGUGAAGAGCAGCUUGCAUGAAAGAAUCCAUUCCACAUCAUUUUUCCUGAGGCAAAAAGAAAAUCUCUGUUAGUUCUUUUUCUUAUUAGUUUGCACCUCUACCUAUAAAGGGACUUCCACACUGUAAGGAAUUAUUUUGUAAAAUUAGAUUCCUGUUCCAGCACCUUUUGAUCACAAACAAAAAGCAGAAAAGAGUCUGCAAAAUUGCACAUUGCCACGGAUUACGUCAAAGUAAAGAAAAAAAUGGCACUAUUUUUUUAUGAACAAUGAACGUGUAGCUUAAAAAAAUGUCAUGGUGCUAGCUUUGGGAAUGGACUCAAAGAAGAGGUUGAAAAGCACGGUUUUUUUUUGUUUUUUUUUUUUCUUUGAAUGAAUAUUAAAACUUUCCGUUUUAAGGAAAGUGUGACUUUUUAAAAGAGGAAAAAAAAAAGGAUAUGGGGGAGCUCCUGGCAGAGGCAAUGUCAAGGGGGAAGUGUCACUGAGAAAAGAUAUGGGCUGCGUCGGCGUCUAGGCUCCCAGCGAGCGCUGGCGGCUGCUCAUCACUAGAUUGCCGGCGUUUGGCGGCAAGAGGGACCUGAGACCCCGCCCCUGUUCCCCCACAGGGAGCGGUGUGGGGACACACGUGGGACACCGCGGACCGCCUGGAUUGGGACAGUACGGCAGUUCUGGGACAGUUCUUCCUGUUUGCCAUGGCUUUUGCAGACUGCCCCGACGGGAAGUAUCAUGGCACGGACAAAAGAGCGAGUGGGAUAAUGAUGAUUAUAUUUUAUUUUGUCUUUUUUUUUUUUUUCCGUUUUCUUUUCAUAUCAAUGUUUCAAUGAAAAAAAAAAAAAAAGGAAAACCCCGUCAGUUUCUGGUACCGUGACAUUCCUGUUUUUCCAAGUUAGGCAUUUUUUUUGUUUGUUUCCAUGGUUUUUGUUAUGAUGUUAUUUUACAGUUCUAAAGAAAGGCACAAAAUUUCAAUUCAAAGGGAAAAGAACAGCAAUAAUGUCGACUAACAUUUUAUUUUUUAUUGUAUAUCAGUAGUAUUCACAUGCUUUUGCCUGAAAACAAAUACUUGAAUAUAUAUAUGAAUACAUCUAUAUAUAUAUGUAUAUAUACAUACUGUAUAUAUACGUAUAUAUAAAUAUAGAUAUAUAAUUAGUUUCCAGGGACGUUGUGUUAUUUUCCUUUAGUCUGAGCUGUAUCUUGCGUAAUGAGCCGCCAAGCUUUUUUGUUUGUUUGUUGAAAUACAAAUAAGGGCACUGUAUAAAGGCAUUAUUUAUUUUGUUAUAAAAUAUAUUUGAAAAAAUUGGUCCAAAUAAUAUACGUAGCACUGAUGCUCAACUGACGGAUUUAUUUUGUAUGAUCUCUGUUUUCCAAUUGGAGUUGUAAGGCUUUUUUGUAGAUGCUUUGUACCAAAAAUAAUGUCUUUUUUUUUUCCUUCUUUUUUUUGUUUUGUUUUCCAUAGUUACUUUAAAUUAAUAUUUUAACAGCAGCAUAGCCUGGAUUGCUUAGGCAUGUUAUUUCACAGAAAUAGGCACAUACUCUGAAUACGUUGGUCUGCAUGGAUUUCCAGGAGCCUGUCAGGGUUGCCUGUGAAAAAAGGAAAGCAUCAAUGAGUGAUUUUAUCAUUGGAAAAAAAAAAAAAAUAACUGUUCAACAAUGAUUGUACUCAAACCCACUAUGUUUUUAAAGCCACUUUAGUAUUGAUGGCGGGGAGAAUGAUCAGUCCUUCAUUAAAUCAUGUCUUUGUAAUUGUGCAUGGUGUCCUAUGAUCUUCUAAGGAGCAUCUUGCCUAUAUGUGCCAGUCACUGCCGCAUAUUGGUUUUCGGGGUCAUGGGGCCGUAAAUGUCCAGUCAGCUGUAGAGUUUCGGGUUCAGCCAACAUGGGACUUGCGCGCGUCAAUGCCCUAAUUGGACGUAAUGAUGUCGUUAUGAUGUCAGCGACCAUCGAGGGUCACCUAGGGGUCUUUGUCUAUUAAGGAGAGCGUAUCAGUGUGCAACACCUCACUGUUGCAAUCCAUCUAUCGACCCACCCAUCUAUCUUUCCAUCUAACUCUCUUCCUUUUCCCCUCCGUUUGUAGACGCCAAUGUCCCUGAUCUCACGCGUCAUCACAUGUAUCUGUACUCGCGUGGUGGUGGCGGUCCAACCAUUUUUCGCAUUUGAUGAAGGGCUAUCAUGCUGAACCAUUUCUGAAGCGCUCAGGAACAAAAGCACACAAUCUAUGCUCUCCGGUGGAGAAGUGGAUAGUUUGCCGAGUGUAAGUGAUAAUCUUGUUGUGGAAGAACCUGCACCUGGGCCACAAUGACACAGCUCUCCGUAACUAACCACUGAAGCCCCAUGUCAGAAAACCAGGUCAUCCCUGUGCCACAUUAUAGUUUCCUCCACCGUUGUGUCAUGCGUCACCCCCCCCCCCGACAUGGAGACGUAACGGAUACUCGCCAUACUGCGUUGAAGAGUCAACCCAAUACUUUCUAUCUUCUUACUAUCAGAGAGAUCUCAAUUAUCAAGGCUACGUCCUGUCUCUAAUUAUAUUCUACUUCCGUUGUGCAACAAUGCAGGCAGUGCAAUUAUUAUUAUUAUUAUUGUUAUUAUUAUUAUUAUUAUUAUUAUUAAUAAUAAUUAUAUAAUUAUUAUUAUAUUUUCUAUUUCAUUCUAUAUUUUCCUGCUAGGACUGCAUUCAUUCACUAUUGUCAUGUUCAAACAGGCUACUCUAUUGUUCCUAUGGAUGGCGUGAAAGACAACCACUUCUUUUUCGCUGAAUAUGAAGAGAUAUAUUACUGAGCGACGGCAACUUUUUCUGUGUCAGUAGCUCACUCAGCCUGUGUGUAUUUUUAUUGAUUUAACCUCUGCACGCUAGAACGUCCGAAAUGCACAAUUCAUGUACUUUCAUUUUUAAUAUCAAUAAAAAAAUCAUUUUAUCAAACGUA